AUGUCGAGCCGAAAGAGUGGGUAUUCAUUUAAAUGUAUUGUGGAAUCGUGCGGAGAACUUAAAAUUCAAAAAGAAAGUGUUAGUUUUUUUUCUUUUCCCGAAGAUCCUGCUCGAUGUAAAAUUUGGUUAGAGCGAUGUCAACUGCCAGCUGACAUUCUACAACAAAAAAAUACUAAAUUAUGUGGAAAACAUUUUGAAAAAAAUAUGUUUUUAAAUUUUUUGGAGAACAGGUUAAAACCAGAUGCUAUACCUACACUAUUUCCAGAUGAAAGAGAUGGUUGUGAUGCACUUUAGACACCAGGAUCCCAAAUACCUGAAAAUAGUAUAAAGAUACAAAUUACAAUUAACUAUGUCAAAAUAUACAAGAUAGAAAUAUAUCUAAGACACUGCCCAUCACUGGCAGUGAAGUGAUCUCAUUAGUAUCAUUUAAUUAUUUUAAUAUGGCUAGUAUAUUGGUCACGUAUAUUAAUUUAUGUUUUAUUUUUCAGAAAUAUUUCACUGCUGCUUCUGCUUCUCCAACUUCGCCUUUAUUCCACGCAAGUGGGGUCUACUACUAUUUGUUUUGCUCAAUAUACCAUCAUAUUCCUGCAAUAACCAAUCCUCUUUAUCUUUUUCCUUCAAAUUUGAGUUACCUGUCUUGACUUUUAUUAUUUCUUCAUGCCUCAACAUGCCUUCUCAAUCUAUUCUCUAAUUUUUAACCCAUAUUCAUAUGGUAUCUCUCUCCACUAUUCAAGCCUGCCUUCAAACACUCGUGUGCUAUUAGCUUUUAAAACUACAUCAGCUGCAUUUAAGCUUAUACAUAAAAUAUAUAUUUGAUUUAAUAAAAUAAAAUGUGUAUUUUUUCCACCAUGUGUUUCAGUACAUUAUCCUUCCUUAACUGUGUAUUUGAUCCAUAAUAGUCUUUUACGGUUGCUAAAAUUAAAAAUUUUAAAUUUUAAGCAAGUACCUAGCAAAUAAUUUGAAUAAAGCUAAUUGGAUCUAUACAUUUUUGGAAAAAUAUUGUAAUAAACAUUUUGUUUUUCUGGUAUGGUGACACUGAUUAACCAACGCCAACAUGGCCG